AGAUCAGAGGCCGCAGUCGCGCGCGCUGUCGGUCUUCAUCAGAAUGAACCGUAGCUGAAAACCGCGCGUGCUUUUCGUUUUUGCAUUUGUGAUUAGCGCGCGAACAGAGAGUGUGUGUGGAGGAAGGCGAGGUGUGUAUGUGUGUGUGAGCGAGAUUAUGGCCUCGUCGUGCAGCAGCUCGCCGGAGGGAGGAUCCCCGCCGCAUCAGGGCCGCGUGCGCCAGUCGGACAGUAACACCAGUUUUUUGAGAGCAGCAAGAGCUGGAAACAUUGAGAAAGUUCUGGAGCUACUGAAGGGUGGACAAGACAUCAGUACCUGUAACCAGAAUGGGUUAAAUGCUGUUCACCUUGCUGCUAAAGAAGGCCAUGUGGAGCUGGUGGAGGAGCUUCUGGAGAGAGGAGCAGCUGUAAACUCAGCUACUAAGAAAGGAAACACUGCGCUCCACAUUGCCUCGUUGGCAGGGCAGAAGGAAGUAGCUAAGCUUCUGGUUAAAAGGGGAGCAGAUGUGAACUCACAAUCACAGAAUGGCUUUACUCCACUGUACAUGGCUGCUCAGGAGAAUCAUCUGGAUGUGGUUCGCUACCUGUUGGAGAAUGGAGGCAACCAGAGUACAGCCACCGAGGAUGGCUUCACCCCGUUAGCGAUUGCUCUGCAGCAGGGUCAUAACCAGGUUGUGUCUCUAUUACUGGAGAAAGACACUAAAGGGAAAGUGCGUUUACCUGCACUGCACAUAGCUGCUCGCAAAGAUGACACCAAGUCUGCUGCACUACUGCUCCAGAACGACCACAAUGCUGAUGUCCAGGCCAAGAUGAUGGUCAACAGGACAACUGAGAGUGGCUUUACUCCACUCCACAUCGCUGCUCAUUAUGGAAAUGUUAAUGUUUCUACACUGCUACUGAACCGUGGUGCCGCUGUGGAUUUCACCGCCAGGAACGGUAUCACUCCUCUACAUGUAGCCUCUAAACGGGGAAACACCAACAUGGUGACCUUACUGCUCGAUAGAGGGGCGCAGAUCGAUGCUAAGACCAGGGAUGGACUGACUCCACUACACUGCGCUGCCAGAAGUGGUCAUGAUGCAACAGUGGAGCUGCUUUUAGAGAGAGGAGCUCCAAUACUCGCAAGAACCAAGAAUGGGCUGUCUCCACUUCACAUGUCUGCACAGGGUGAUCAUGUUGAGUGUGUAAAACACCUGCUGCAAUACAAGGCUCCUGUUGAUGAUGUCACUCUGGAUUAUCUCACUGCUCUGCAUGUCUCUGCCCACUGUGGCCACUACAGAGUCACUAAACUAUUACUUGAUAAGAGAGCCACUCCCAAUGCUCGAGCACUGAAUGGCUUCACUCCACUGCACAUUGCCUGUAAGAAGAACAGAGUAAAAGUGAUGGAGCUGCUAGUGAAAUAUGGAGCCUCCAUUCAGGCCAUCACCGAAUCGGGUCUAACUCCAAUCCAUGUAGCAGCCUUUAUGGGUCACCUGAACAUAGUGCUGUUGCUGCUGCAGAAUGGAGCUUCACCAGAUGUCUGCAACGUUCGGGGAGAGACAGCCCUGCACAUGUCAGCGAGGGCGGGGCAGAUGGAGGUGGUACGCUGUUUACUGAGAAACGGAGCUCGUGUGGAUGCAACAGCCAGAGAGGGUCAGACCCCCCUCCACAUUUCAGCGAGGUUGGGUCAGUCUGAUACGGUGCAGUUGUUGCUGCAGCACAUGGCCGAUCCUGAUGCUGCCACCUCUAACGGAUACACACCUCUGCACAUCGCUGCCCGAGAAGGACACACACACAUUGUUUCUGUACUGCUGGAGGCUGGAGCCACACACUCAUUGACCACCAAGAAAGGGUUUACUCCUCUUCAUGUAGCAGCGAAGUAUGGAAGCCUGGAGGUGGCCAAACUCCUACUGCAGCGCAGAGCCCUGCCUGAUGAAUCUGGAAAGGAUGGACUCACUCCUCUGCAGGUGGCAGUUCACUAUAAUAAUCAGCAGGUUGCACUUCUGCUGCUGGAUAAAGGUGCAUCUCCUCACAGCACAGCAAAGAACGGAUACACCCCACUCCAUAUUGCGGCAAGGCGGAAUGAGCUGCAGGUGGCAAAGGAUCUGUUGCAGAAGGGGGCAGAACCUGGAGCUGCAACACGGCAGUUCAUGACCCCGCUACACCUCACUGCACAAGAGGGACAUGAUGACAUGGCGGCCCUGCUGCUAGACCAUGGAGCUAAUGUUAAUGCUAAUGCAAAAAACGGUCUUAGUCCACUACAUCUGGCUGCUCAGGAGGACAAAGUGAAUGUGGCUGAAAUUCUUGUUAAACAUGGUGCAAAUUUAGACCACCAAACAAAACUGGGCUACACGCCUCUUAUUGUUGCCUGUCACUAUGGAAACGUGAAGAUGGUGAACUUCCUGUUGCAGCAUGGGGCAAAUGUAAACACCAAAACUAGAAAUGGUUACACACCACUUCACCAAGCAGCUCAACAAGGAAACACACACAUCAUUAAUGUUCUGCUUCAUCACGGUGCAAAGCCCAAUGCUGUUACUAUGAACGGGAACACAGCUCUCUCCAUUGCUAAGCGCCUAGGCUACAUCUCUGUGGUGGACACACUGAAGGUAGUCACUGAGGAGGUGAUCACCAUGACGACUCAGACGGUGACAGAGAAGCACAAACUGAAUGUUCCUGAGACAAUGACUGAAGUUCUGGAUGUUUCUGAUGAGGAAGGUGAGGACACAAUGACAGGAGAUGGAGGUGAGUAUCUGAGGGUGGAGGAUCUGAGAGAGCUGGGAGAUGACUCUCUGUCUGGACAGUACCUGGAUGGCAUGAGCUAUCUCAGCCACAACCUGGACAGGGCACAUUACACUCCACCUCUCAUGGGCUUUCACAGAAAUGGAGUUCUGAUUGAGGACAUGAUCACCAGCCACCAGGUUUCAAGUCUGUCCAGAGAGAAUGACAAAGACUCGUAUCGGUUGAGCUGGGGAGCCGAACACCUAGACAAUGUAGUACUAACGAACACACUGCUGCAGUCUGGCUUCCUGGUCAGUUUCAUGGUAGAUGCAAGGGGCGGGGCCAUGCGUGGUUGCCGUCACAACGGUCUACGCAUCAUAGUCCCACCCAGGAAGUGUUCGGCUCCAACACGUGUGACCUGCAGACUGGUGAAGAGACACCGUGUGGCUACAAUGCCCAUGGUGGAGGGAGAUGGAAUAACAGGACGUCUCAUAGAGCUGGGACCUACAGUAUCACCGUUCCUCGGGAAGUUACACUUGCCUACAGCUCCGCCUCCACUUAAUGAGGGAGAGAGUUUGGUGAGCAGAAUCCUGCAGCUUGGCCCACCGGGAACCAAAUUCCUUGGACCGGUGAUAGUGGAGAUCCCUCAUUUUGCAGCUCUUCGUGGUUCUGAGCGAGAACUUGUGGUUCUGCGCAGUGAGACAGGAGAGAGCUGGAGAGAACAUCACUGUGAGCACACUGAGGAGGAACUCAACCAGAUCCUCAAUGGCAUGGAUGAGGAAUUGGACUCACCUGAGGAGCUGGAGAAGAAGCGCAUCUGCCGCAUCAUCACUCGUGAUUUCCCACAGUUCUUUGCGGUAGUUUCUCGGAUACAGCAGGACAGUCACCUGAUUGGCCCAGAGGGGGGUGUUCUCAGUAGUUCAUUGGUUCCUCAGGUGCAAGCAGUGUUUCCUGAAGGUGCUCUGACCAAGAGGAUCCGUGUCGGACUACAGGCUCAGCCAGUGGGUGCUGAGGUAGUGAAGAGGAUUCUAGGUAAUAAGGCGACGUUCAGCCCCAUUGUUACUCUGGAGCCUCGAAGACGCAAAUUCCACAAACCCAUUACUAUGACAAUACCCAUUCCCAAAACCUCCACUAAUCAGGGCAGCAGUGGCAUGCUGGGGGAAACACCCACUCUUCGUUUACUGUGCAGCAUCACAGGAGGUACCACACCAGCACAGUGGGAGGACAUCACUGGUUCAACUCCUCUCACCUUCAUUAAUCAGUGUGUGUCCUUCACCACCAAUGUCUCAGCUCGGUUCUGGCUUAUAGACUGCCGGCAGUCUCAGGAGUCAGUGACGUUCUGCACGCAGUUAUAUAAGGAGAUCAUCUGUGUUCCCUACAUGGCCAAGUUUGUCAUCUUCGCGAAGACAUUGGACCUGAUUGAGGCACGACUGCGAUGUUUCUGCAUGACCGAUGACAAGAUGGACAAGACUCUAGAACAGCAGGAGAACUUCACUGAGGUGGCACGCAGCAGAGAUGUGGAGGUUCUGGAAGGAAAACCCAUUUUUGUAGAUUGUUUUGGAAAUCUUGUUCCUCUGACUAAAAGUGGACAGCACCAUGUCUUCAGCUUUUAUGCCUUCAAGGAGAACCGUCUUGCUCUCUUCAUCAAGAUCCGUGACAGUGCACAGGAGCCAUGUGGACGACUUUCAUUUACCAAAGAGCCAAGAACUUAUCGCAGCCUGAACCAAAAUGCCAUCUGCAACCUGAACAUCACACUUCCUGUUUACUCAAAGGAGUCUGAUUCAGAUCAGGAUGCUGAUGACGAGAGUGAGAAGACACAGGACAAAUAUGAGGAUGAAACUGAAUCUACAGAUUUCUCCACACUGCAUACACACAUGGUUCACGAUCCGGCAACACUCGCCAGUCCUGAUCUCCUCUCAGAUGUUUCAGAAAUGAAACAGGACCUUAUUAAAAUAUCUGGCUUCCUGACCAAAGAGAUUUCAGAGCCGUCUCUGGCUGAUGGAUUAAUAUACUGUGUAGAAGAUGAAGAGCCAUUUGAGAUGGUCGAAAAGGUCAAAGAGGACUUGGAGAAGGUGGAAAAGAUUCUGAGUGUUGGAACCUUUGGUGAAGAAACUGACAAAUCUAAAUGUAAUAAAGAGGCAGUAGAGAAAAGCCAGGUGACUGAACCUAUACUGAGCGAGGUCAGAAUCACAAGAGCAACUGACUGCAGUUCUGCACCCAAAAAGGAUGCAUCUGAAAUCAUUUCACAUCUUAGUACAGAUUUGGAGUUCUAUCUCCAGCACCUGCCUGUGACUGCUCAUCCUGUCCAAGAAGAGAGUAUCACUGAAGAGAUACUUACAGAAGUUGUGCUACCUCGGAAGCGACAUCCUCCACGAAUAAAAAAACCUGCAAGAAAGAAGCUUAAAGAGAGAGAGUUUGUAAGCUGUAGCUCUGAAGAUGAGCUGGAGAGGAUGAGCUCUGAGGAAUCACUCGAUGGAGACACACUUCUUGGAGACUCUGAGCUUGAAGUGCCUCCUGUGUCUCCUAAAGUUGUCGAGACUCCCAUUGGGUCCAUCAAAGACAGAGUCAAAGCACUUCAGAAGAAGGUAGAAGAGGAGGAAAUGGAAGAGAGUGUCAAAGUUAGAGAGGUGAGACGAGUGACUGCUGUUCAGAGCAAAACCUUUUUGACUAAGGAAGAAAAAUAUACUUUACCUCCUAAAUCUCCAAAAUCCCCUCGGUCUCAGUCUGAGAGAAUAGAGCACUCAAUGUCUGUGAAGGAGCUCAUGAAAGCAUUUCAAACUGGACAGGACCCAUCAAAGAGCAAAUCUGGACUUUUUGAACAUAAAGUGAUUACUAAUCUGGUGCUCACAUCUGAGGAUGUCACUGAGGAUACUAACAAGGCUCAGAUAUCUGAAAUACAAACCUCAGGAAUUAAAUCAUCAGCAGAAGAGAUCGAUUAUCAGAGCAUCAUGUUAGAAUCAUCACAAAUAAUCCAUGACCAAUCUCAACAAAAUAAGAUAGUGAUUAGUAAUGAAAUUAUACAGAAGCAGGAACAAAGAACAUUAGAGGAUACAAAGGAAAGUAACACAGACUCCAUUAGACCAAGCAGGUUGAACAGUGAGAACACACUUAUUAAUGUUAGCAAAGAACUACAUGUAGCACCAGAUGAAGACAGAAAUCAGUGUGGUGAGUCAGGAGAAACUUCAGAUAUGUCAUCUGGUUAUGAGGAAGAGGGUAAAGAAGAGAUAUUAAUCAGUGAAGAUAAAAUUAUACAAACUAAACAAUCCUCUAAGGAACAAGAGAAAAUAAAAGCUAAAGACUCAACAAUAACUGUGGAAGUGUGGCACCUUGAGGAAGAACAGUGUGGUCCUGAAAUACUGCACUAUAAAAAACUAAGCACCAGCCAUAACCGGAGAACAUCUGAAGAACCACAGAUUAGUCCAGACCGGAAACCUUCUGAAGACUUCAGUGCUGUUAUAAAGGAAGAACUAGAGGAGAGUCCAGAGUAUCAACUAUUUAUCCAGGCAGCAGGUCCAUCGACAGUCACAUCAUACAGUGAGAAACACACUAUAGAAGAUAGUGAUCAGGUGGAGAAUACAGUUGAGGAACAGCAUUCAUACAAACCAAAGCCAGCAGUCAGAUUUGCUUCCACAAUUGUCCAGAGUGAGAAAUUUAUUCCAACUGUAAUUCAUAAUGUGGAAAUAAAUGAAAAACCCAAGGUGCAAGCAGGUGGAGAAUUUACUGACACUGUGUUCUGGAGCAGGACACCUAGAACGAGCUUAGGAGAGUAUGAAGCUUAUGAAGAAGAUAAAGAAACAGAAAAUCUAAUUGUAAGUGACCAGAGAAUGAAAUCACCCACAGAGCCAGAGGUCCAGCCUGAGGAGAAGAGUGCAAUGCAAUUUGCAUACCCAGAAAGUGGAAGUCCAAACAGUGCAGAAAAAAUAAGCAUCGAAGAAACACAAGAGACUGAUGAAAAAGAGGGGGGAAAAAAAGACACAAUUCAAAUGACAUGUUAUAUGGAGAUGAAAAGUCCAGUCCAUACAGAGCCGGACUUCAUACAAAAGUCACCCAGUGAUAUUAAAAGCCAAGUCAAGAAAGAACAGGAAAUGAGUUUUCAGAUUGAAAGUCAGAAUAUAUGUAGUGAAGAGGUUUCAUUUGAUGAGUCUGAAGAAUUGUCAUCUAGACCACAUGGCCUGGAAGACCCACAGCCUAUAAUAAGUGAUCUUAAAGUUAACUCGCCUGACAUGACACUUGAUAAGCAGGAGGUCUCUUCUAAUAACUCUUUUGACUCUGUGCAGCUUUUGUCAACAGAAAUGAAAUCAUUCCAAACAGAACUUGAGGAAACCCUUGCACAUGAAACAGAGAAGGUCCAGCAUGUGAAUAUAACUACAAUGGAAAAGACAACUGUUGCAGAAACACAAACACAUGCAGGGGAGGAAAUAGGUGGUACUGAUGAAUCUGUUUUUUCAGUUCAGAAUAUUGAUGACACCUCUAAUGCUUCUGUACCUGAGGAAACUAAACAUACUAAAGAAAUCCGUGAGAUUUCCUCUGAUAAAUUUCAGGAAAUUCAGCAAAUUCCUCAUUCCAUGUUGUCUAUAAGCCCUGACACCUUAAAUGACUUACAGCACAUAACCAGUGAUCCUGAAAUUGGCUGUAAAUUAGACUCACAGGAACAGAUACCUGGUAAGGACGAUCUCUUUGCUGAAAAGUUCCUUGAUUCUGUGCAGGUACCAUCAAACAAAACUCCAGUCCAAACAGAGACAAAGGAAGAUGAACAGCAAGUGUAUAACACUACAGCAGAAGGGUUUUCACCUACUGAGAUCCAAACACAAAUCCAGACAGAACAGGAAAUCUGCAUUAAUGUGGGACUGGAUAGUUCAGUUCAGAAUCUAGAGGACACUUAUAAAGUUUAUUCACUUAAGGAAACUCAGCAAACUAGAGAUAUUAUUGAGGUUUCAUCUGAGGAAACUGCUGAGUCUGAAGAAUUUCAGGAAAUUCAACGAAAGAUCUAUAGUAUUAACCUUUGUGACCUACCACCAGUAAUGAUGGGUGGUCCUAAAAGUGCCUACCAGGCAGACCCCCAGGAGUCUAUGCCUGUUAAAAAGCUUGACUCACUGCAGAAUUCCUCAACAGAAAUCAAAAGUCCAGUCCAAACAGUGCUUGAGGAAACCUAUUUACAGGAGACAGAGGUCGAAGACCACCAUGGCUUUAUGACUGUUUUGGAAAAGUUGGCACCCUCAAAAAGUCCAGACCAUCUAGCUCAAGGUCUACAUGACAGCUACAAAGUAUCUCCAGAUGAAGAAGCCAAACAGAUGAGUGGAACUUAUGAGGUUUACUCUGUAGAAACUAAUAAGUAUGAAAGAUUUCAGGAAAUUCAGCAAACAGUGUCUAGACCAGACAAUUUAAGAGACCUGAUGCCCAUAAUGAGCGAUCCAAAAAGUGCAUGCCAGGGAGACUCACUGGAGGAGGAGGAUUUGUCUUCUCAUAAAUCUCCUGACUCCAUUGAGCCAAGUCCAACCAAGGACAUUCCAUGUCCUGAUUCUUUAGAGUCAAGUCCCACAGACCAGAGGCCGGAUGCCAAAAGCCCAGAGCUGUUAUAUCAAACUAGCAAUGAUUCGCAAAACAUCCAGGAUGCAGAAAGUCUGACAGAAAACGUAAAGCUGGAAAUUAAUAAUGAAAUGACAAUCCAAAGAGAAGCUGUAAUUUCAAAUGAGGAUAAUUCAUCCAUAAAGUCUGAACUUCCUGAUACUGAGCCAUCAGUGCAUUUUCAACAGUCUUUAGAGGAAAAUUAUGAGGUUCAGGAGAUCAGUGAAGUAAAAAAGCAGUUCACUUCGGAAGAAAAGAUGUUCAAGAUGGCAGCAAAAAUCCGAGUCUUUGAUGAAAUUGAAAAGGAAACCAAAAUGAGAAAGGUUAGAUUUGAUUUCACCACUUCAUCCCAGGAUAGAGGUGAUGAGCUAAAGGAAAAGGAAGAAGACCAUCAGUCCUGUGAUAGUCCACUAUAUGAUGAAGAGGAAGACACAAAGCAGAAGUGUGGACCUGAGUCCAGCAUUGUUUUGUCUUCAUAUCAACAGUCAGAGCAGAACAAUGACUCACCACAGAUUGAUGUAGCAGAAGAUGAACCUGAACAAACCCUGAGUGAGAUUUCAGAGUGUACUUACAGUCAUGAAUAUAGAGCUUCAGUGACUGGUGACAUGGAGAUGGAAGUGUUACCUAUACAAAUUCACAUUGCAAAAAAGGAGGUGAGCCAUGAAGACUUUUCUCCUGACAUAAUGGUGGCUUUGGCUGAGGAUUCAGGUGCAGUACUAAUGGACAGCAGACCUGAAAGCAUCUCUGAUAUUGAGUGUCACAUCAUCAGUGAGAAAACUGUAGAAAUGAAUGAGUCUUCUACAGACAUUGUGUGUUCUGUAAGCGAUGGGAAAGCUAUGGAAGAAUAUCCGUUUCAGGGAGAGAUAGUGCCUUGGAGUGCAGAGUUGGUGGAAAAUGAAAGCUUUAAUUUGCAGAUUGAAGUUGAUGAAGUUGAAAUCCCUUUGCAGUCCACAGACUCUCAGUCUCAGGAGUCAACCCCUGAAAUUCCUCCUGCUCGGACUCCUACAGAAAAUGGGCAGCCGAACCCUUUUCUGUUCCAGGAGGGAAAACUAUUUGAAAUGACAAGAGGUGGUGCUAUUGAUAUGAGCAGAAGGAGCAUGGAGGAAGAGCAGGAUGCAUUUGUCUUUUUCCCCAUAAGUGAGGAUCCUUCUGAGUACAGUCUUAGUGAGCAAGUCAGGGAAUGUGAAACCUCACUGGAAGUUUCAACUGAUUCAAUAAGAGAAGAUUUACCUCAGGAUAUUUCUGGUGUUUCAGAUGCUCCCAGAGAUUUAGAAAGUCACAGUGACUCAGACAGACCAAAAGAGAAAGUGCUGGGAUUCGAUUCCUCAGUAGCUGACAUUGAUACUUCUACAGUGACACGAUCCAUCUACUCUGAGCAGGAUAUGGAAUCAUCGGAUUCAUCAGCAGAGGACGAUCAGCACUCAGUUAUUGAAAUUCCUACGCCUUCUCAAGAAGGUCUUAUGCACCCUUUUGUAGAGCCAUUAAAUAAAUCAUCACAAUCUGCUCUCAGAUCACCCAAACAUUCUGCUGCAGAACCUGAAAGUAGGAAACCAAAAUCAAAGAUUCCAGUGAAAGCAACCAGCUUUGACAGCAUUUUGGGUAAAGGUGAUUCUAUUGAGCAAAACCGAAGGCCAAAAUCAGAGGCGGAUAUCAGUGUCUCGGACUUCAUCAGUGGUGUGCCUUCUUCAUCAGUGAAACCAAUGUCUCUUGUAUCCAAAAUACCUGAAUUUGUAGAACAAACAACAUUAAGUGCACUUCCUCCAGGUCAACCUCAACACAGUCAUGAAGGUCCCCAAACUGUCCUUGAUGGAGACAGAAGGUCAACACAGUUCCAAACCCCCUCUUUAGGAGAUGACAUAUUUGAAUCAAGACCAAACUGGGAAGAUUGUGUAGAGACGCAGAUGCAGCGACUCUCAGAGAGCAGUAGUCCAGAUCAGAGUAAAGUGGACUGGAAUAAUGAUGCCGAUCGUAAAGAGGAGGUUUUGUCCAUCAUUGCUGAUCUUCUUGGGUUUAGCUGGACGGAGUUGGCUAUAGAGUUGGAAUUCAAUGAGAAUGAAGUUCAGCAGGUUCGAGCAGAGAACCCAAAUUCACUACAGGAACAGAGUGCCGCACUUCUACAGCGCUGGACUGAGCGUGAAGGCAAACACGCCACAGAGGACUCUCUGUUAAAGAAACUGACUAAAAUAAACCGCAUGGACAUUGUCCACCUCAUCAACACUCAGCUCAACAAAUCAGUGCAAGAACAAACGUCCAGAACAUAUGCUGAGAUUGAGAAAACCCUGGACCACAGUGAAGCUAUGUCCUCAGUACAGGAAGUCAGUCCUCGGAUGGUGAGGAAAGUGGACGUUUCCCAGAAGCCCCCAGCUGCAGUGUCAGAGGAGGACCUAUCAGUGGCCUCACUGCUCGACAUUCCUUCCUGGGCGGAGCCUGUAGGUCAUGCCCACUCUGAGAGUAUUCAUGGGGAUAUGCUAGAGGAGCUGGAAGUGACACAAGAUGUGUGGGCAUGUCAGCAGGGUGAAAUGGACACAACACAUUUGCCUCCACAAGGACCAGAUGCAGAUCAGGCUCUGAGUGAUCCUGAAAAUCACAAUGUCCAGAGUCUCUCACCUGCAGCAGAAGCUCCAAAGCCAUACUAUUUCAACUUCAGUCAGUCCUCCAUUGACAGGUUUUCAUGUGAGCUUUCAACAAAUUGCCAGUCAAAACAAGCUGAAGUUCUGACCUGUAUGUCCAAAGAACAUACUGAGGAACACCUGGGAGCUCUACUUGAUGAACUUUCUCCUGUCUAUGAGAAAAGUGACAUAGAAGAAAGUGAGAAGUCUUCCUCACAGACUUGUCUCUCUAGUUCUGAGGCUAACAAAGGCUUACAGAUCACUGAGAGUGAACAGGGACUUGGAGAGGAACUUAGUUAUUCAGUGGACCAAAUGAUGAAAAGGUCUGCUCCAGAGGAAUGGACACAGCGUACCCCAGACCUCACCAGGACACCGUCUGAGUCUGAUUACGUUUUUGUAAAUCCUGAAUCUGAUCAGCUCCCAGCUGGAGAACAUGCUGAGUUUGAUUCGGAAUGUCAUUGUGAAGAAAACAUGGAGAAACAGGAACCAUCAGAAGGUUGGAAUAAAGAGUUUCAAAUUCCUGGAAUAGAGAUGCAAGCUGUUACUCAAGAGAAAUCUCAGAUAAUUAUACCAAGUGUCCAAGAUGCUGAAUCUCCUGCAGAAUCUCAAGACCAGAGAGGAUUUUCAUAUGAAUUGCAUAAUGAUCAGCAUUUCUACACUAAAGAUGCUGAAAUGCAGCAUGAGGUCCAGGAUGAAGAGAAGAUCACAUCAGACUGUUCUAUUCUGGAGCAGAGUGGUCUUCAGCAAGAUGUUUCACCAUUUUCUCACUCAGAUGUUUCUCCACAAACACCAGAUACAGUCCGAGCCACACAGCACUUUGAGUUCACAGACGUACUUUGGGCUCCAGAGAGAACCUCUAUUCAGCUCCUCACCAAGGUUCCUGGGACAGUAACAUCACAAAUCUCAAGACAUUUACAGUCAGAAUCUUUUAUGUCUGAUUUGCCAUCUCAGUUUUCAGAGGAGGCUCCAUUCAGCUGCAGGUUCUCUGAAUGUAACCAAACUACUGUACGCUCCUUAAGCACAGAUGAAGCUCUGGCAUUACUUCAAAAGCUUGUUCCUACAGAAAAUCCACUGACUGAUGAGAUCACCCAGUCAAGAAAAUCUGAAAGUGAUUAUGAAACACUCACAAAACUGCAUCCAAAAGCUGAUGAGCCUAAAACCAUGGAGAUGCAGAAAGAACAUGCUCAUGUUCUCCACAGUGCAAUCCACCAGCCUGAAGAGCAGGAGAUGUUCUCCACAACCUCAGGUUACUCAGAACUGGGACUAGAUCAGAAUUUAUCUAAAUGUGUUAGAAUGAACACAAAGCCACAAGAACAUGGUGCUGAAAGGCUAAGCACAUCUGGUGAAGAGGAGAACCAGAAUUCCUUCCAGCACUGCAUGGAAGCACUUGUCAUCCAGGAAGGUUUAGUAGCAUCAGAGGAAAAAGAGGAGAAUCCCAGGCUAAAGAAAAGUUUACAAUCUUGCAUUUGUUCUUCUGUAGAAGCUCCUUCUCAUCUGGAUGUUAUGGAUGAUAAUGAUGGUUAUAUUGAAGAUGAUGAUGAUGAUGAUGAUGAUGAUGAUCUGAGGAGGGUUGUUGGAGAAGCUGCGUCUGAAGAACUGUACAUGGAGGAACGAGGAACUCUGCAUAUUACACAGGUGAGGGCAGUAGUCAGGCGGUGUGCAUCGGUGGAGGACAGAAAAGAAAUCUGCUCUAACUCUAAAGCGGUGACUAGAGCAGUGGUGAAGAGUGAUGGGGACGAGUCAGAGGUGAUGUUUACUGAGCAGUCUGGUGCUGAUGGGGUUCGAGCCAUUAACAAGACAGUCAGUGAGCCGGUCAGUGAGCCGGUCAGUGAGCCGGUCAGUGGGCCGGUCAGUGGGCCGGUCAGUGGGCCGGUCAGUGAGCCGGUCAGUGGGCCGGUCAGUGGGCCGGUCAGUGAGUCGGUCAGUGGGCCGGUCAGUGAGCCGGUCAGUGGGCCGGUCAGUGAGCCGGUCAGUGGGCCGGUCAGUGGGCCGGUCAGUGAGCCGGUCAGUGGGCCGGUCAGUGAGCCGGUCAGUGAGCCGGUCAGUGAGUCGGUCAGUGAGCCAGUCAGUGACACUGAAAACCAUUUGGAAAAAAACUCAGCUGGCCACAAACCCAUGAUGACAUCACACAGAGAUGAAGAACAUGAGCUCUCUGAAGUGCACUUCACAGAAGGGUGCAGGACGGAGGAAGUGGAUUUAUAGGACAUGAAUAUGACCUCUGAUAUCACCAUGACGAUGACCUUCAGCAUCACAUUGCUUCAUUUAGAGAAACAACGAUGAAUGUUUAAUUUUUUGUUACCUCUUCUAUCUCUGCACUAAGAAUGCUCAAGCAAUCCCAUAAUGCCUCUCUCCAUUUCUCUCUCUCUCUCUCUCUCUCUCUCUCUCUAUUUCUCUCUCUCCUUCCUGUUUUACAGGUCUUCCUGCUUCAAUGUUGAUUGUUUAUGUCGUCUUUGUCCACAAAACUAUUUAUUUGUUUGUUUAUUUAUUUGCUUGUUUGUUUAAAACAGUUUAAAACAGUCCAAGUUAAAGACAUGACAGUGGUUCUCCCUGAUGAUGUCAUUGGACAAUCAACAAUUAAAAAAGGAAUGAAUGAUUGCUGACUUGCUCAGCUGACAGCGCAGUGCUGUAUUACCUCAGAGAGAGAGAUCAGCUAGUUAGUUGGUUAUCCCAAUAAUAUUACUAAUAUUCCUGGUUAUCUGAUUGAGAUCACUUUAUUGAACAGCUGGACAGUGGUUUACUGAUGAAAUGAUUCGUGUGAUUUUUAUCAUGAUGUAGUGACACAACGCCCUCACUGACAAACUUUCAGGAUGUUUGUCUGUUUUCAUCACUUGUUUAUCGUCAGGAUAAAUAUCUGACUUUUACAUUUCCAUCAUAACAACGCUGUGAGCUGUUAUUUAUAAAACCUCAGUUAAUCGUGUUCUUGUGUCUCACUUCAGUGACGUUAUCACUCAGUGACAUCUUCAUGCUAAUCUCUAUAUUAUAACCACAUUAACCACUGCAAGAGAAAUUAGCAUUAGCAUGAUUAGCACCAGUCAUUUUAUAAUGACUUAUUAUAUCCCUGGUAUUUAAAUUCACCUGUUUGUCUGACUGUCUGCUGUUCCUGUCUCACUCGGUGUCUGUGUUUGACAUGCUAUGCUAAAUGUUACAGUGACCAAACACUCAUUUAACAUUUAAAUAAUAUCAUAAGGUGGCACUUGGUUUAAAGGGAAAAUGGUCUUGAGGAAGUGGACAAGGGGACAAGUGACUCUAUUGUAACACGGCAUAAAGAGUUUGUUGUUUCAAAAAUGUAGCAAUUAUUAAAGUGUUUAUGACAUCAUCAUCACUUAUUUAUUUGUUCCCUUAAUCCAUAAUCAAGAUCUGUGUGUGUGUGUGUGUGUGUAAAACUUAUUUAAACCUGCUGCUGUGUUUCACUGUGAUUCUCAUUAACACCUGACUAUUAGAAUUCUAAUAUAAAUUCUAUUAACAGCAUGUGUUCUAGUUUAUUAUAGAGCAUUAACCACUGUACAACUGUGUGUGUGUG